UUUCUGUUUCUGUAGCAUCUGGCACUGACACAAGCUGUUCCUCUAAAUUUAGCUUCUUUUCAACACAAUAGUGCUUCUAAUUUCAAUUUUUACUAGAAAAUUUUAAAAUAUUUUAUUAUCUAACGUUGCUGUCAGUGAUUUUUUUAACUCAAAAUGAUUAUGAUGCACAUGGAACUAGAACCAGGAUUUCGGAAAGCAGACAUUAAUAAUAUACCAACAGUGCGCAGCGAAACAAUAUUCGGUUUCGUCACAAGAAUUGCCACCAGCGGUAGUAGCGUGAAGAGUCACACCGGCAGUGAUAGCGCCGAUGUGGAUUUACUCAUAGAUUAUGUACAAGUGCGAAAAGCUGGCGAUAUAUUUGAAACGCGCGCAGUUGUCUUCCCGGCAGCAAGUGGUGGAAACCAUGAGGCGCACGUACGCGUUGCGUUAAAAGUAGAUGAGAAGAAAGAUGAAAUAUUGGAAACAAAAUGCGACCAUUGUACGAAGAAAGAAUCUUGUCCGCAUAUACUUGCAUUUAUUUUCUGGUUGCAUCGCAAGAGUACGGAUACUGAAGCUACAGCAAUAUUGGACUUUUGGGGUAAAGAAACAGAGGCGUUAAUCGAGGAAGAACGUGGCGAGACACUACGCAUUCGCGACAUAUUCGCAUGUGAUGAAUUACGUUUGGAGGCUGAUUUAGAAGCAGCAGCUGUUAGUGAAAGCGAAGGACAAGCUUUCUUCGAGGCUUUCCUUGACGAAAUGGAAAAUUUGGGUUUGAAAGACUCGGCGCUGUAUCGUCACUGUAGAUCCGUACCGGAAGAAUUUGAGCCAUUAUUUAUACAUCACACAAUGUUGGAUGCAUCAAACAACGGUGUAAAGAAUUCUCGCUCGUUCAGUCAACACAUGGAAGAACAGGCCAAAAACGGACUUUUCGAGCGACUUUCAGAAGUCUCAAAAAGUAGCUAUAAGACAAGGAUUUGGUUGGAAACGCAAUAUAUGCGAUUACGUUGUUCUCUUAUUCAUCGUAUCGCAUCUCGCAAGGAUUCUUUGGAAGAUGAGAAUAUAUUGGAGCAACUCUUUUGUAAGGAACGUGAGUUCAAUGCCGACGAGCGACAACAAUUGAAACAGCAUAAACGUUUUAUAUUAAAACAAACGGAAAAACUUGAGAACAAAACUUACAAUGAGUGCGGUUUGUUACUCAACGAGAGUUAUCCGUAUAUUUGUGCAUCGCCUGAUGGGAUUACCGACGACCACAUCGUAGAAAUAAAAGCACCAAAAACGGAUGAAGAAUUUGAAAAAUACUUAGAGGGACGUGAGACUAUUGCGCCAAAAUACAUGGCACAAAUACAAAUUCAAAUGUACAUGGCUAACGUGACGAAAGCUUUAUAUUGUGUGCUUAGUCCAACCUUUGACACUAACGGAGCCUUACAUUAUGUCUGGGUGCAAGCUGAUAUGGAAUUUGUUGCGAGUUUGCUAGGAGCUGCGGAGGAUUUCUGGAAAGAUGUGGUGUUCCCGCGACUCAGCAAAAUCUAUCUUGGUAGUCCAUAAAGUACUGUUUAGUGUAGUAGUAGUUAGAUUAGUUAAAGCGAAAUAUUUCUGAACGUAUAAAUAUAAAUAAACAUUUUAUUUUCAAAGGCUAAGUAAAUGGAGU